AUGGCGCACGAGCGCGCGCGAGACGACGGCGAGGACGAAGACGUGCUGUACGGCGAUCUGGACGCGCGCGAGGGCGCGCGCGGGGCGGAAGCGGCGAGCGCGGGAGCGAUCGGUCGAUUGAACCUGAAACUGAGCGAGAGCGAGGCGCGACGUCGAGCGUUGAUGGACGAGAACGCGAGCCUGCGCGAGCGAUGCGAGAACUUGGAGAGGAACAUUUCGUGCUUGUUUAACACGGCGAGGGGGGAGAUCGAACGCAAGGAUAAGGAGAUUGCGCGUUUGCGCGAGGGCGACUCGCCGCUCGGCGACGCGCGCGCGCGCUUCAAAAGUUGA